AUGCGCACUUAUGCACCGCAGAAAGAAGGGUGCAGAUUUAACCCCAGGGAAGAGCCAUUUCCGCAGCUCAAGCUCAAGUCCUUCGACAACUCAAAGGCCGGCGUGAAGGGGCUGGCCGACACCAAACUGACCCACAUAACCCAAAUCUUCGUCCACCACCAACUCAAGCUCGAGCAUGAUCAUGCCUCGGAAGCACUAGGAUCGAGCCUGCGCAUUCCAGUCAUAGACUUCGGAGGUGUGGGCCGAACCCGUAGAAGCCCUGGCGAGCGGAAGCAGAUGGUCGAUCUGGUCCGGGAGGUGUGCGAGAGGAGGGGGUUCUUCCAGGCGGUGAACCACGGCAUGCUGGCGGCCCUCAUGGAGGAGAUGGUUAGAGGGAUCAGGAGGUUCCAUGAGCAGGACCUCGAGGCGAAGCGCGAGCGGUACUCGCGAAAUUACGGCGUGAGGAAGGUGCUGGACAACAGCAACUUCGACCUGUACAGAGCUCUGGCGGCGAACUGGAGGGACUCGAUCACCUGCGUCUUGGCUCCUCGUUGUCCGGAUCCUCAGGAAUUGUCUGCUGUCUGUCGAGACGUAAUAAUUGAGUACAAGGACAGAAUUUAGGAAUUGGCAGAUAGUCGAUGCGAA